ACGUGACCCUGUUCAGUAGCAGUUUCGGCAAAUGCAUUGACAGCUAGAGUUUAAUUGUAACGUGUUUCGACAUGUAACAACAGUACAAAUCUUGACUGCAAGAGUAAAUGUAAACACAACUGGCAUUACAGAAGUUUAAUUUUUUUCUCGUUUAAACUAUAAAGCGCGCCAUGGAUCACCACUUUGACGCGUGCCCGAACCCCAGCGUGUGUCCUCUCCAUGGCUAUCCUUCAUGGUCUUCGGGGACUUUUCCCCAAGAGGACAUCUUAAUGGGAGGCAGAGGAGCCGCCGCAAGCACGGCAGACAGUUAUGGACACGGCGCUGCCAGCACGAGACACUUGCCGUUGAUGGACGCGGGAGCAGGAAGCGCGGCUGUCUCGCCAAUAUUAAGAAGUCUUUUACAGCCAGGCCAAGGCAGCGCUCUCGAGGGACAGCAUGAAACAGCGGGUCGUCAGCGCGGAUCGACAGCCCAGUCACAGGCGGUGACAGAUCGCCGCGAUGCAGUGAUGUGGGGCGGGAACAUGAUUGGAGAAGAAGAAAUGAUGAUGGGAAGUGGACACCCACUGUCAUAUGACUACAUGGCUGAAGCUCCUGGGGUUCGGAGACAGAUGUCAUCUGGCCACUGUGGCUACUUGGCUGGCCAGCCAGUAGCUCCCCAGCAACCCAUCACCAGACCUGAAGCAGUUAGACAUAGCGGCUUAGGCACUGGAAUGGGUGCCCCUGGCGCUGGCGAUGGGGGGCCGCAGCUGCCGCAGGAUCUGUACCAAAUGAUGAGCUCCCUCACUACAUGCCCUGACCAUCGUUCUCCAUUGCUCUCUGAGGCCGCCGUUGCGAAUCCACUCUUUCCAUCUGAGGAACCCGACCUCCUGGAUCUGGAUUCCAUCAGACGGGAUGACUUGAUCGGAGCUGUCGCACCGUUGGACUUGCCAUCCAGCGAGAGCGACGAAUUCACAUACUUUUCGGAUCACCUCCUGUCCGAUUUGGACACGCCCCAAGACCCACAGCCGCCCCACGGACCUCAGGAUCAACCAUUUGAGCCGGCCAGAGCGGGUCCUUCUUCUGAACGAGGCGCUCAAGCCGUCAGGCCUAGGAAGCGACGUCCCAGAAUAUCGUACGAGUCCUUAACGGUGGACGAGAAGUACGUCCAUAUUCGAGAUAUCAAUAACGAAGCUUCGAGAACAUACCGCCGAAAAUACCGACAGACCGUGACGAAGUUGCAAGCCGAGGAGAAGGACCUUUUGGAAAAAAACCGCGCCUUACGAGUCAAGGAAAAGGCUUUACAAGACCUGAAGAAGCACAUGCAGAGUCUGGAAGGGUUCGUGAAGCAAAAAGGUUCGAGCCCUCGCAACCCCAACAAAUAGCGUUAGACUGAAUACCUCAUGGUUACGUACAAUAAAGAAC